AUGGCCAGAAUCAACACAUCAAACCCGCUGGUUCAUGAGGCAGCGCGGCGCAAAGUUGCACCCAGCGAAAGAAUCGAACACCCAGUCCCAACAUCCGCCGAGCCGCCCGACACCAGACGUACCAACAGUACACCCACACUUUCUCGAGGGUCAUCGCAAAGACACAAGCUGGGAUCAGGCACCACAUUCGACAUAUUCCCCGAUCCAGCGAUCGAAAGCGGAAGCUCAGCAUCCAACUCGCCUCGAAAACAAAAGAAAACACGCACGCUCAAAACCACGCAAAUCAACUCUCUCCUUCUUCCGCUACAACGAACUCGCCAAAGACCCAGCAUCAAAGUGGAAACAGACGACUAUGAUAAAGAGAACGAUAUAGAGGAGGGGCUUACAGAGCCGUCUGCAACAUCAAUAGAACCUGUUCCGCAACGUUCGUCGACAAUACGAAACCGAAACACGCCGCGAAGGCCCGGGGGAAGCCGAACAGAUCGCAGGCCUCUGAGAGAAAUGAACACCGAGACCGAAGAGGAAGGUGACUGUGGGGAUAAUAGCUUUAACUCACUGGACGACUUUGUUGUCAGCGACAAUGAAGACAUCAGCUACCAAGAGACAUCCGACUCUGAGACAGAGCCUGAAAAGGCUCCAACACCACCACCACCGCCAAAAUCCACUCGAAAGAGACUCAUGAGAGGAAGAAAACCGAACUCUGACAGCGAUCCCAAAGAUUUGAAUGGCAAUCCCCUCAAAGAACCCUUUGCCCCGGAAGCGAAGAUCGACGCCGUAAAACUCCACCCAACUCCUAAGGAGACUCCCAAACACCUGUUUCAAGACGACCUUCAUCUAUCCACAAAACUCAACAAGCUAGUGUUGGAUGAUGACAAUGAGCCAGCUUCUCAGUUGGAGACAGACACUUCUCCCUCAAUUAUAGACCUGAGCUCCUCACCUCCAGCCUUAAAGCCGGUUGAAAAGAGCCUAGAAACACCACCAUCCAGCCCACCACGAAACCGUCUUAGGUCUCCCACAAAAGAGAAGAUUCGCAUUCCGCCAACACCCCAUCGCGAGAGUGUCGAUGCCUUUUGGAACCAGACGGAAACGAACCAUUGGAUCGACCAGCACUCACCUCGCAAAGAGAAAUCCGCCGGAAGCACUGUAUUUGCACUACUCAAGGAUUUCGACAUGUCAGACGAGGAAGACAGCAGCCCAAAUUCCAGCAUCAGCACAGAGUCCAAUUCCGUGUCUCUCGAGAGAAGCACAUCUCCCAAGUCACCCAAGUCUUCCAAAACACCCAGUAAGACGGCAAUCAAGAAGGCAGAGGCAGAAGCAAAGCGUGCAGCCAAAGCACGCCGAGAGUCCUUCAACAACAAAAAAGCAAGCUUCGCAGAAACAUUCCUUGAAGUUCUGGACACUGCCGUCUCCGACGGCGAGGUCAACCGCCUCGCGAGGCAAACCGGCGGCGUAAAAAUCACAUGGUCCAAGACCCUCCAGAAGACAGCAGGCCGGGCACAAUGGCGCAGCGAACGAGUAGAAUGCCGAGGACCAGACGGCCAGAGAACAGGAGCCUCACAACAUGUCCACCACGCCACAAUCGAGCUCGCCGAGCGGAUCAUCGACGAUCAAUACCGCCUCAUCAACACUCUCGCCCACGAAUACUGCCAUCUGGCUAACUUCAUGGUCUCCCGUGUAACCGAUAACCCGCACGGCGCCAGCUUCAAAGCCUGGGGCAGGAAAUGUGCCGAGGCAUUGAAAGACCACCCCGUCUACGGAGGCCAGAUUAACGUGACGACAAAACACUCCUACAGUAUUGAUUGGAAGUACGUGUGGACUUGCACGGGCUGCGGCGUGACAUAUGGUCGUCACUCGAAGAGUAUCGAUCCAGAGAGGCAACGUUGUGGGUCUUGCAAGAAUCGUUUGGAGCAGAUUAAGCCCAAGCCGCGCAUGUCGCCUCAGAAGAAGGCUAUGGUCGAAGUGACGAAGAGUCUUGCUCGGAUUCAGGUUGAGAUGUAG